AUGAUGGAGCCGCAACACCAGUACACGAACGUUCGUCCACAUGAUCCCCAUCCCGACGACGACUCAUCAACCGAGGUGGAAUCUCUUAUUGGAUUGGAAAAGCCCUGGACAGCUGGCGAGUUCGAUGACCGUACACCUCCGUCGAGAAGGCACAUACUUUGUCCGCCAAUCAUCGCUGCAUUGCGAUGGAUUCUCGUGAUAGGACUGCAGCUCUUAAUCAUUGGGCUAUUAGCACGAGAACAAGGACUCCUGCAAUCAACAAGAUGGCGAGGUCCAUCGACAAGCGCGAAUGAGGUCGGCGGCGACGUGACAGGAUGGGGACCACACAUCCCCACCCAAAUCACCAAGUUCGAGAUCAACCAAACUUUCGCACCAAAUAAUACAUCCGACUUCUUCAAGCCCGAAACGCUGCGAGCCUGGAACGAGCUGAUGCCCGUCGGCAUGGGCUUCCAAGAAAUGCCCGACCCAGAAAACUACCACGACCUCCCCACGCCCAUCGUAUGGCCCAACGCCACCGUCUACACAACCUCCAUGACGCACCAGCUGCACUGCUUGUACGCCGUCGUCGCAGUGUACAGCGGCAUGACGUCGGGCCACGAGUUGGAAGAGGACCAUCACUGGCACAUGAUUCAUUGCUUCGACUACCUGCGCCAGACUAUCAUGUGCAGUGCGGAUAUGAGUCUCGAAGGCUUGGAGACGACGUUCCCGGAUCAUAAUGGUGGGAGCGAUGGGUGGGAUAGUAAACAUGUUUGUAGGGAUUAUUCAAAGGUCAGGGAGCGAUUGGAGAGUGUGAGGGCUUAUGAUGAUCAGGAGAUUUUUUGA